UUGUUCAACUCUUCAGACGACGAGAGCACCAAUGGCGACGUGUUUAAUAAGUGCAGGACGUCUGCGAAACCUAAGGAGAACGACGACCGCGAGGCACUCGUACUGCUCCUCACUGACAUGUGGCAGGCAAAAUGUUAAUGGAGUGGAUCUUUACUAUGAGAAGACAGGCACAGGGAAACAUGCAGUGGUGUUGCUUCCUGGUGCUCUAGGAAACACUAAGACAGACUUUCAACCCCAGCUCAAGUCUUUGAACAAGGAUGUUUUUACAGUAGUAGGCUGGGAUCCACGUGGUUAUGGACUAUCGCGACCUCCAGACAGAGACUUUCCUCUUGACUUCUUUGAAAAUGAUGCAAGGGAUGCUGUGGAUCUUAUGAGGACAUUGGGGUUUGUCAAGUUCUCUCUGCUGGGGUGGAGCGAUGGCGGCAUCGCAGCCCUAAUUGCUGCUGCGAAGAACCCAGCGUUAAUCAACAAGAUGGUUAUAUGGGGAUCCAAUGCGUUUGUAUCACAACAAGACCUUGACAUUUACAAAGCCGUCUGUGAUGUGUCCACAUGGAGCACAAGGAUGAGGGCGCCGAUGGAGGAGGUGUAUGGAGCAGAAGUCUUUGCUAAAACAUGGGAGGCCUGGGUGAAUGGGAUAGAACAGUUUGCCCACAGACCUCAAGGAAACAUCUGCAUUGACCUUCUGCCUCUGAUCAGAUGUCCGACUCUGAUCAUUCAUGGAGAGAAAGAUCCUAUUGUGCCCAGCUGCCACCCAUACUUCCUCCUCAAACAUAUCCGGGGAUCACGAUUACAUCUGAUGCCAGACGGAAAACACAAUCUCCAUCUGAGGUUUCCCGAAGAAUUCAACAACCUGGUGGAAGAUUUCCUGCAAGAGAGACAGAAUGAUUAAUAUCAUGGAAAGAAUCACUGUGAUGUCACAUCCUGAUGAAGAAAAGACGUCAAAAAAACAGUACUUAUAAAAAUCUAUCACUUAUCCUGUUAUCCUGGUUGCAAUUUUUAGCCGUUUGUGUUGGGUCACUAUCCUGUUGGAUCAGAAUCAGAAUCAUCUUUAUUUGCCAAGUAUGUCCAAAACACACAAGGAAUUUGUCUCCGGUAGUUGGAGCCGCUCUAGUACAACAAACAGUCAAUUUACAGAACACUUUGGGGACAUAAAGACAUUGACAAAAAACAAUUGUGCAAAAAGAUGCAGAGUCCUCUAGCACUUAGAGCAGUUCGAAUGACUAAUAUUGCAAUAAUCCGGUGCAAUGACCAUUGUGCAAAGGGCGCUGAGACUUCAAGGAGUGUAUGCGGUUUAAAGUGACGAGUAGUCACUUUAACGCUUGACCUUGAUAACGCUUGACCUGCAGCUGACACAAUUCCUGACACAGGCCGCUCAUUUCUUUCCUGAAUGCCUCGAUAGUCUUGAGGAUUCCUUUUAUCCUGCAGAGAUUCUGGAUGCGGCACA